AUGGAUUUCCCACUGGGACGGCUCCCGCCAGAGGUGCGGCAGCUCAUCUGGGAGGCGACCCUCCCCGACCAGCGCGUCUUUCACGUCAGCAAACUCAGCGACGCUCCCGCAAGGCCCCAGACGACCGACAUUGCUGAGCGGCGCGCGAAGACGUUCAGCUUUCACGUCCGCCACCCGCCACCCGCAAUCCACGGAAUCUGCCGCGAGUCGCGCGCCAUGCUGCUGUUGCGCGGGUAUUUCCUCCCGUGCGGCGCAGACACACCGUCCACCACGGGGCCGUGGUUCAAUCCGCAGCGCGACGUGCUGUAUUUUGACCGCAACAUGCGGUACUGCCUCAAAGCCAAGACGGCCCUCGACGUGGACGGCCUGGAGCGCGUCCGGCACGUGGGGCUCGAGUGGCGCGCCUGGUUCCGCGACGUGCCGCGCCUGGCCGACGACGGGGACAUGCACCAGCGGUGGGCGGCGGCCAUGCGGGCGCUCCUGCGGCACUGUCCGCGCGCCGAGAGCAUGAGCUUCGUGCUGCCGCGCGUGCGUCAUGUCGGCGGCAUCCCGUCCGGCCGCGAGCCGUACCGCGCGGAGCAUCACCGCUGCGACUUGACGCGGCUGCCGGAGGGUGUGCAGGUCCCGUGGGCGCGGGUAUCGGUCCAAACGGCCCCCGGCGCACUGACCGGCACGGCGCUGGCGCAGCUCGGCGGGGAGAGUAGGCUUGUGCCGUGGAGGGACAUUCGCCAGCAAAUGGAAACGGCGGUCAAGGAUGGUGGCUGGUUCGACCGGGGGCACCGACAGGCCAUGAAGAGCAAGACGUCCGAGAAUACUGGUCAUGAGCAGGGCAUGGUGCUUUUGGAUAACUCUCGUGGCAGAUGUGACAAGGAAUCGAACGCGAUUGCGAUGCGCCCCGUUGACCUUGCGGUAGUCAAUACUCGAAAGGCUCUACUUAUUGAUGGCUCUUAG